CCCCCCGUCAGUCGCAGUACAGAAAGCUGACCACAGCACUGAAGGAGUUACAUCAGUCUUAAUUUUUCUGCCUUGAGCAAUCCAGUAUAUUUUGACUCCUCAAUGCGGGAAUGCACAUGAAGAAAUCCUAAGGAUUGGAAAAAAAAUGAGGUGAGGCCUCCACAAGCAAGCCAUGCAGCAGUGUGAGACCAUCCUUUGCCUCUCGGUCUACAUCAUCACCUUCGUCACAGGCUUCCCAAGCAAUAUCCUGGCUUUCUACACGUUCAGCUGCAAGGUGUGGAGAAAGCCAGUGCCUAUCGAUAUACUCCUGCUUAAUCUGACCAUCUCAGACCUACUGUUCCUUCUCUUCCUGCCCUUUAAGAUGCAAGAGGUGGUCGAUGGGAUGCACUGGAACAUGCCAUACUUCCUGUGCCCGCUGUCGGGCUUUGUCUUCUACAUGACCAUCUACAAUAGCACAUUUUUUCUCACUGCAGUAAGUGUCGAGCGCUAUCUAGGAGUCGCUUUCCCCAUCCAGCACUCGUUGAGACGACGACCCAUCUACGCCGUGAUGGCCUCCAUCUUCCUCUGGGCGCUCUCCAUGCUCCAUCUUAGCAUCGUUUAUAUAGUACCCUACUACAACCCAGCUGGGACAGGCCCACCACCUAGGAAUGUGUGUUAUGAGGAAUUUACCGAUGCCCAACUGCGCAUUCUGCUGCCUGUACGCUUGGAGCUCUGCAUUGUGCUGUUCUGCAUCCCGCUCCUCAUCUGCACUUUCUGCUACGUCAACUUCAUUCUCAUCCUGUCGCGUUUGCCAAACAUUGGCAGACGGAGGAAGCUUCGAGCCAUUGGACUUGCCUUGGGCACGCUACUGGUGUUCGCGCUGUGCUUUGGACCCUACAACGUCUCGCACGUGAUGGGAUUCAUCACUAAACGCAGCCCUGCAUGGCGGGACAAGGCACUGUUACUGAGCACUUUCAACGCCUGCCUUGAUCCACUCAUCUUCUACCUGUCGUCGGCAGCCGUCCGGAGCACGUUGGCAACAAUGGCGCAAGGUGUCUGGCACAAAAUAAAGGCAAGCAGCAGUGUUCUUGUCUGCUGGAGACUGGGAAAAGAUGGGCACGAGAGUACUAAAAACUCAUUUCCUAUACCUGGCGAGAUUAAUGCUCUUUGACAGAAAUUGGUGGCGAGAAGAGGAUGCCUUGUGACGUCCUUGUGUUUUCCACAAUCCUUUUGGAAAAGGAUGCGUCUGAAUUUACAUUUCAUUCCCCAAAGGAACAAUUCCACAGCAACUGGAACAGACAUUAAGGCAACCCGGUGAAGGUCAGUGAAAUCUGCUCUUUGGAGAUUUAUUUCUCGGCUGUCCUAUAUGAUGUGUAGGGAGCAGAAUAAACACAGUCGUGGGAUUUGAACUUCUGGUUGCUAAGCCCAAACCGGCUCAAUCAUCAUGUUUCAACACGCCUUUAUGUAAGUAAUGUCCAUAUGUUUCCUGUAUAGGAUAAGGGCUCGGACAACAGACCUCACACGGGAGAUUUAUGAGUCCACAGUACGAGAAGAAAGACAUCAUAUACAACCCAGUGUUUACACACGAUAGCCAUAUAUUGAGUGCUUGCAAACAGAAGGCCUGUGGUUUAUGAACGUCCCACCUUGAAUAUGUUUUCUUGUGCUUGCUUCUUCAGCCGGAAUUAAAGACACGCACUCACUGGGCAUAUUGAACGGUGGGUGAAAAAAAGGACCCUUCACCUGGACGGGUCGGUAUGAUUGGGUGGAGAUUAAGCACAGAGUCACAGUUUGUUCAGCAUGGAGAUAAAGGAUCUGCAAUAGCAGGCAAUGCUUGGGUCAAUAGAACUCGCUCUUUCACCUGUUCCAUGUUAAUAUUUGCAGGUUAUUUGGUUCUGGGAAAAAUGAACAAUAGGUUGAGAGAGAAAGGGGAAAAAAGAGCAAAUACACACACAUACACACACAAAUAAAUCAAGCUUUCUGUAUUUCCACAUUCGAACUUCAAUUCAGGAAAUGACAAGACCGCUAAACCUUUCAUACCUCAACAAAGAAACAAAUCAAUAAAAAGCAAAGAAAUGAAUAGCAGUAAAACAUUAUACCUUGUUUCUAAUGAAAUCCUUCUAAUCUUAAAGCAGAGAAGCUGCGGUUAUCUUGUCAACCUUACCGCAAUUCUUCAGGUCCUGACUGAAAUUAGCUGUCAUUACUUAACGUGUUUAUUGGAGAACUAUGAGGAGUAUAUUGCUUAUUGUAAUGUCUGCUGUCCAUUUUUGGCCUCUACUGCAUCAUAAAAAUUUUAUAGUAUAUUUCCCUCUUGCUCAUAACCAUCUCGAAUCUCCCUACAGGAUACUGGUGUGUGAGUUAUGAUUUAUGAACCUAAUAAAUAUUUGGAUAAGGUUAUUGUCUUUGAUUGCUAAUCUUGGGCUGUGUGUGUGUGUGUGUGUGUGUGUGUAAAUGUACUUCACUAUGAAUGUACAGGUAAAAAUAAACACAUAAGGGCAUUGGUUUUGUGCCUCGCACAUGCUGAAGAUGUUAUUUAGAAUUUAGCCUGUUAGCAAAACGUCCCAAGAUGCUUGAAAGGAAACUAUCCAGGGAGGUUCAAGAUCGAACACAGAUUGUUGUUUGUCACAAUACAUGACACUACUAGUAAAUCUGACCCCUCGUUGAACGUGUAUCGGGUUCGGUGCUCACUGAAUUAAACGUGAAUCCUGAAACCACACAAAUUACGAUAUUUGAGUUAGCCUGGGUUUCACACACAAACUGAUGUUCUUACUUUGGCGAU